UGGGUAUAUUUUUUCUGGCUUUUCGAGAUUUUCGAGAAGUGCCUCUGCUCUUUCUCCGUUAGAUUUUGCUACUUCGUCACGUGGGAUCUGAUUUGUGUUGCGGUAUUCGCAAGUUUCCAGAUUCGGGAAUGUUUGUUCCUCGAUUUCUGCAUGUUUUCUGUCGGAUUUAAUGCCUUUGCUUCUACUGAAUCAGUAUUGAUUGAAUUUGGAUCCGUUUGGAUAAGGUUUGAUGGAUUUUUUUCCGCAGAGAACCAUGGUUUUUUUUUAAACGUUGUUCGCUGGUUCCUCUGUUAUUUAACUCGUAGAUAGUAUAGUGAGCGCUCCUUCCUCCGAGGUUCAGAUUUGCAUCUUCGGUUCUUACGUUUGGCAGAUACGUAUUUCUUGAUUGGUUGAGUUCUCGAUGUUUUUGGGGACAUUGUCGGAUAAUUUCUACGGCUGUUCACUCCACUGAAUCUGAUGCUUAUGUCCUUACUGCAAAGUUUUAAACUUUUUAUUCCAUGGAGUUAAUCUACCUUAACCAUGAUGUCUGAGAAGCUUGUUAACAUGUCCUGUUUUUAUGAAAGUAAAUCAUGCAUUUCGAUUUUCAUACAAUGAUUUUUUUUUUUGUAGAUUCCUGCAUCACUUUUUUUGUACAGAGUCAAAGUGGGAUCCUUUUUAUUGGUUUGUCAUAUCUUGUACGGAGAGGAACAUGCUUCAUUUACGUCAUUCAUCGGGCUUUCUAUUAGUGAUCUCAGUCGGAGUGUUUUGUUGCUUCUUAGCUUCAGAUUUUGUAUCUUCGAGUGACACCUUCGUAUAAGAAUGUGUGUCUUAGUCCGGAGGAUCUGGGAAAGAUGGACGUCGCUAUGGCCGUGAGUUCUGACGAUUUAAAGAAACGACCCUUGACUCCGUUAAAGCUUCUGAGGGGUCUGAUGAUCUUAACGGUGUUUCUAUCAACUGCUUUUACGUUCUUGGUGUACUUUUCGCCCGUAGUUGUUGUUGGCCUGCGGCUUCUGAGUGUACACCGAUCUAGAAAAGUCACAUCGUUCAUCUUUGGCCUCUGGCUCGCUCUGUGGCCUUAUCUGUUCGAAAAGAUCAACGAGACUAAGGUGGUUAUGUCUGGAGACAGAAUCCCGCGAGAGAAACGUGUUUUGCUGAUUGCUAACCACAGGACGGAGGUGGAUUGGAUGUACUUGUGGAACAUUGCCUUGAGAAAAGGGUGUCUCGGCUACAUCAAAUAUGUGCUCAAGAGCAGCUUGAUGAAAUUGCCCAUUUUUGGAUGGGGCUUUCAUAUUCUUGAGUUCAUCCCGGUGGAGAGGAGGAGGGAAAUCGAUGAACCUGCUUUGCUGCGAUCGCUCUCAACUUUUAAGAAUCCUCAAGACCCGUUAUGGCUCGCUCUAUUCCCCGAGGGAACCGAUUUCACUGAAGAAAAAUGCAAGAGAAGCCGAAAAUUUGCAGCUGAAGUCGGGCUUCCGGCAUUAACAAAUGUGCUUCUACCAAAAACAAGGGGUUUCGGUAUUUGCAUGGAAGUUUUGCAGAACUCUUUGGAUGCUGUCUAUGAUUUGACGGUAGCGUACAAGCCUAUCUGUCCAUCUUUCUUGGACAAUGUGUUUGGCACUGCUCCUUCAGAGGUUCACAUCCAUGUCCGGCGUAUUGCAACAAAGGAGGUUCCAGCAGGCGAUCCAGAGGCUUCCGCUUGGUUAAUCGAUUCCUUUCGGUUGAAAGACAAACUGCUAUCGGAUUUCAAAGCUCAGGGUCAGUUCCCUAACCAGAGACCAGAGGAUGAACUCUCGACGCUGAAAUGCAUCAUGACUUUUGCUGCGGUAAUUUCUCUGACAGCAUUGUUCAUUCACCUGACCUUUUCUUCGCAUAUCGGUUUCAAAGUGUAUGUCUGUCUAAGCUGCACGUAUCUAACUUGUGCAACCUAUUACAAGUUCCGACCCUCUCCUCUUCUCGGUUGUUUGAGAGGAGAUUCUUGCAAAGAAGUGAAAACCCAUUAGCUCUUGUGUACAUACAUCAUUCUUUUGCAUACAAAGAAAUAAUCUGAAGGAUCCAGAGCCAAAAAGGCUGUCUUUGAAGCUUUUUUUUUAUAAAAUUUUUCGGUUAGUUCUC